GUGUGGCUGGGCGGGGACUGCGGAUGUUGGAGUAAUGGCGCGUCUGCUCCGCGGCCUUUGGAACCUCCGCUUCCUAGAGGCACUUCCGCGGGCAUCCCAGAGCCGACCAGUUAGCUGCGCCCUUGGCACCAGGGCCAGACACGGGGACGCAGGGUCUCUUACAAAUCAUGAGCCAUCUCUUGCCAAGAGUGAGUGGCGAAAGAAGCUGACUCCAGAGCAAUUCUAUGUCACCAGAGAAAAAGGAACUGAACCGCCUUUCAGUGGGGUCUACCUGAAUAACAGGGAAUCAGGAAUGUAUCACUGUGUGUGCUGUGACAGCCCACUCUUCAGUUCUGAGAAAAAGUAUUGCUCCGGCACUGGAUGGCCCUCGUUUUCUGAGGCCCAUGGAACAUCCGGCUCUGAUGAAAGUAACACAGGAAUCCUGAGACGUGUGGACACCUCGUUGGGAUUGGUUCGCACAGAGGUUGUCUGCAAGCAAUGUGAAGCUCACCUUGGCCAUGUGUUUCCUGAUGGACCUGGGCCUUCCGGUCAGAGGUUCUGCAUCAACAGUGUGGCGCUGAAGUUCAAACCAGGGAAAGCCUGACUCUCUCCAAGAGACCCCUUCCCUUGCCACUCCUUCAUUUACACCUUCAAUUUUCGAAAUUCACCUGACUGACUUGUUCAUUUAAUCCCAAACUGGGCUGUUUGUUGCUGGCACAAAGCAAGUCACAGCUUCUCUAAUAAUUUAUUUAUCUGGAGUGAACUUGACCCUGACUCAGGCUCUGACUGUGGAAUCUCACAGUAUGAUGAGGAUAGCCGUUUCAAGCCAGUUGGCUCAUGUAGGCUCUGCCUGGGACCCAAGGGCAUGACUCUUUGAGGACAUCAGGAGGCUCAUGGACUACAAGCCAAAAAUCUCUACAAAACUACCCUGAAACUUCCAUUGCAGUUAAGUCUUCAUGGACAUAUAUAGAUGAGGGCUCAGGUGCAAAAGAGAAAGGGAAAUAGAGGAUUAAUCAACAAGCCAGCAAUGAAAGAAGCACCGAGGAGUAGGACUGUAGAAGAGCUGUGCUUUGGGAGGUACAUACGGUGGUGGAUGGGAUGCAUGAUUCCUUUUCAAAAUUUAGAAUGUCUUGAACAUUCUAGGUCCAACCUUGUGGCCCUCAAAUAAGUUUCAAUGGGAGCAUGUUAGAUUUCAGAGAUAAUGAAUAAAAAUGCCUACAAAGUUAAACUUCAAAAUGUUCAAAUAAAAUAUUUACUAAAAUUUACGUUUC